AGUACUGGGAACAGGGAUGUGAGGAAAGAAAUUGAGACCGCGUAAAGUAAGUAAGGGGUGAGAAAGAGAGACCGCAGUCUCUGGCCAGAAAGGAGGCUGAGACCAAGAGAGGCACUGCACAGUGCACACAUUAUUCCCGCCGCGCCACUCUCUCACUGUUUCUUCCACUCCUAACUUCUCAGAUCUUCUUCUUCAUCUCUUCCUCUUUUCUCUUCGCUGAUUGUUUGAACUUAGAGAGCUUCUCUGAUGGAACAGUACGAGAAGGUUGAGAAGAUAGGUGAAGGCACCUACGGCGUCGUUUACAAGGCUCGUGACCGCGUCACCAACGAGACCAUCGCAUUGAAGAAGAUUCGCCUCGAGCAGGAAGACGAGGGCGUUCCCAGCACCGCCAUUCGGGAGAUUUCUCUCUUGAAAGAAAUGCAGCACAGGAACAUUGUUAGGUUGCAGGAUGUAGUACACAGUGAGAAGCGUUUGUAUCUGGUUUUUGAGUACCUUGACUUGGAUCUAAAGAAGCACAUGGACUCAUCUCCAGAAUUUGCAAAAGAUCUACGACAAGUAAAAAUGUUCCUUUACCAAAUUCUCUGUGGCAUUGCUUACUGUCAUUCACAUAGAGUUCUUCAUCGUGACUUAAAACCACAGAAUUUGUUGAUAGAUCGUAGCACUAAUGCACUAAAGCUUGCAGAUUUUGGAUUGGCUAGGGCAUUUGGAAUUCCUGUUAGAACAUUUACACAUGAGGUGGUAACACUGUGGUACAGAGCUCCAGAAAUUUUGCUUGGAUCCCGUCAUUAUUCUACUCCAGUUGAUAUUUGGUCAGUGGGAUGCAUAUUUGCAGAGAUGGUAAAUCAACGUCCUCUUUUUGCUGGGGACUCUGAGAUUGAUGAGUUGUUUAAAAUAUUCAGAAUCAUGGGUACACCAAAUGAAGAUAUAUGGCCUGGAGUUACAUCAUUGCCUGAUUUUAAAUCAGCCUUUCCCAAGUGGCCGCCCAAGGACCUGAAAACUGUGGUUCCAAAUCUUGAGCCAGCUGGUCUUGAUCUUCUUUCUAACAUGCUUUGCUUGGACCCCAGCAAAAGAAUUACUGCCAGGAGCGCUCUUGAACAUGAAUAUUUCAAAGACAUUAAAUUUGUACCCUGAUUUAUUAUCUUCGAGGCUGAGGUGUCUAUAUAUGUGUAUGGGUGAGUCAGAAACGUGUGCUAUCCUUGCUUUUUUCUUGUUGGGACCGAACCAUAUUUCAUUUAUUUGUUCUUACAUAUUUGUUUUAGGUUCGGCAUGAGUGUGAUUUUAUUACCUAUACUAUUUCUCUUUUCAUGUUUUAGUCUCGAUGCAAUGCAACAAGCAAAAUUCUCGUUUGCUUGAUGUGUGACAUGCCUAGUGCUAAAUGCUGCUUGUAAAACUAUUAGGUACUUCCGUAGGCUGGAGCAUUUAAAAUUGACUCCCGUUCAAGUCUGUAAGCUACUUCUAUCUGCUGUCAAAUUGGUAUCAGGACAUCAAAACAUAUAAUUCAUCAAUGUAUGAUUAAAUUAUCUGAUAU